AUUUGACAAUAAAGUGACAAGGUCUGUAGAAGAAUGAAGAGGAUACUGUGUGUAAUUUUAGUUCUAGGUCUGUUGAUCCAUGGGGCUGUCUCCCACAACUUGCACCCAUACGGCAACUUGGGAGUGAGUCUUUUCGAAGAUAUCGGUGCAAUUCCAGUGGCAGACAGAAUUGGGGGUGGAGAGGCGGAGAAGCUGUUUGCAUCGCUGGAUCAGAAAGUUGAUGACCACCGAGAGCAACCCUACUUGAGCCCGUUUGAGGACCUCGGAGCGUCUGUGAAAAUCUGGGAAGGAGAUGUCAAAUACCUCAACAAGCCCAAACAUAUGAAGGCGUGCGUCAUGAAGUGCGGGUUAAAUGCAAAGUGUAUGGCAGACUGCAUUGAGGAUCGUAUCAAGGAAAGCCAGUGUCGCAAGGAGUGCACCCCUUGGCCAUUCAUGCCUACGUGCAGCAGGUUCUGCCGCACGUAUCUCAAGUGGAAGGGAGGCAAAUAGGCCCAUGCGGUUUCAUUCUGGAUUGAUGCACAGGAAUAAUCUGUUCAGACAAAUAUGUCGAUGUCCCAAAUCAUUUCUUGGGUCGGCCUUUUGUCCACCUUUUGAAAGUUCGGAGGAAGGCCAAAAGGCGUAGCCUCAUACUUCAGACUGCAAUGACAUUCGUAUGAUAUGUAUAAUCCA